AUGUAUACAUCAACAAGCCUCGGCGUCGCCAUCGCCCUCCUGGGGACCGCUUCUGCCUUCCCAGCUGUUGAGAAUGCCGCCGCCCCGGCCAUCACCGCGGCGCCCGUCGCCCUGGACAAGCGCUCAGACAGCAACCCGUCCGCGCCUUGGGUGUCCGUUAACGACGAGGGCCAGCCCGCCACCACCUACACGCCGCACAUGGCAACCGACAAGGAGGGCUCGACCUACCUGGCCGACGCUCCCCCUUCGGUCCUGACGGAGACCGUCAUCGUCCAGAACUACCACGGCGCCCUGUACACCUCCACGUACGCAUCGCCGCCGGCGCCCACGGCCACCAACUCGAAUAAGCAGGGCGGCUUCACCCGAUGCCACAACCUGGACGGCGACCAUGCGCCAUUGUGCGAUCCCAGUGCCGACAGCACCUUGUACAAGGACACGACAUACUAUGUCACCUGGGACCCCGACUACUACAACAAGACCGAUGACAAGAUCGACGCCAACACCACCGUCCUCAUCUCCCUCCGCCUCGACUACUUCAACCGCACCACCCAGGACCAACCGGAGGGCUCCUGGACAAAGCUCACCGAGCUCGACAAGGUCCCCGCCGCCUGGGGCUUCUCCCCCCUCGAGGUCAAGAACGACUACUUCCAGGGCCAGUCCCCCUACAACCUCACCGUCACCCUCAUGCGGCACCUCAACAACUCCGCCGUCGUCACCUCCUCCACCGCAUUCAACCUCACCCUCGAGAAGUCCCGCCCCACGCCGCAGAAGGUCAAGCACAAGAUCGACAACCAGGACCUCAUCAUCGCCCUCCCCGUCACCUUCGGCAGCAUCAUCUUCCUCCUCAUCGGCAUCUGCCUCUGGAACCGCAAGUCCCGCCGCAUCCAGAUCGGCAACAUCAUGGGCCGCCGCGCCCGCGGGUACCAGCCGGGAGUCGGGUCCGCCCGCCGCAUGUUCGGCGGCGGCCGCAACAAGGACGAGGGCAUCCGCCUCCAGGACCGCUCCGAGAGCCCCGUCUUUGAGUAUCGCGACCAGCCCAGCCACAACCACAACAGGCACGACAGUGACCUCGGCAGCCUCGUCGGCACACCCGUCUCCACCACCUUCAAGGGUGCCAGCGCACGCAGCAACCCCUUCCGGGAUGAGCUUCGAAGGCAGGAUGACCAUCGGGGCGGCCAUGCUCUUUAG